AUAUAUAUAUACAUAUUGUCAAUCUAGGUUUCACGGCAGAGAGACGUUUUCCCAUUUGAAGGACCGAAACUGACAUAGUUAAGAAUGAAAGCAGAACUAUAAUACCGCACCAUUAAUGUGAGCUUUAAAGAUUUCAUUGUGGACUCAAACUGGUUGGCCAGUAGGUGGCAGCAUAAGGAGUGAUAAACGAGAAAACUCGAUACUUGCAUUAUAUCUCCCACGCACCAGCGCGUGCGUUCGUCAAUGCUAUCAUGGAAACGACGUUAGCGUUGGCAACCCUAUAAAUCGCCGUGACCGUCGGAAUUCUUCCCCUUUGAAACUGGACUUUUGAAGGAGACACCUGAAAGAGCCUUAACAGCCCCGGAAGGUUUGAACUUGUUGAUAAAGUCUGCUUUGCAAAACUCGCUGAAGAAGCACUUGCUGACAGAAGCCUGUGGUUGGAAAACCUGCGAAAGAUGGAUCCUGGUCAGAACAAGCACCAGCAGGGUGACCACCCUGAAGUUUCUGCAGACAAGGAAGAGGAGUCACGCUGGACUUCACCUCCAAUCACAGUGAGUAGUACUACCAGCUCCAGUGAAGACGAGGUUGGUAAUAACAGUACUAGCAGCUCCAGUUGCACCUGUACUAGUAGCAGCAGCUGUACUAGCAGCUCCAGUGAAGAUGAGGUUUUGCUUCUUGGGACCUCUCAACCUUACCAGGUGGGUUUGGAAGAGGACGAGGGUCAUGUGACAUCUGUGACUGGCAUGAACAGAAAGAGGACAAAUGGCAGUGAUGCUGUAGAGGAGCCCCCCACCAAGAAGACAAGGCACAGUGUUGGUGAAGAGGAUCCCGUUUUGUCAUCCCCUUUCCUCAGUCCCUCACAAAACAUGGCGCACGAGGAUCCUGUUUGGCUAUCCCCUGUCCUCAGUCCCUUAUGUAUAAUGGCAUAUGAGGAUCUUGAUUGGCCAUCCCCUGUCCUCAGUCCCUCACAAUACAUAUUGCAUGAGGAUCCUUUUCUGUCCUCCACUGUCUUGAGUCCCUCACCAUUGGAUCUAAUUUUGCAGGAUCCAAUUUUGCCACCCUCUGUCUUCAGUUCUUCACCAAUUCCAUUUGAAGAUCACAUUCUGUUAUUCCCUGACAUCAGUCCUCCACAAAGGCUAGGUUUGGAAGAGGAACGGGGUCAUGUGACAUCUUCGACCUGCAGAAAGAGGACAAAGGACAGUGAUGCUGAAGAGGAGCCCCCUGGCAAGAAGACUAGGCACAGUGUUGCUGAAGAGGAUCCCUUUCUGUCAUCACCUGUCAUCAGUCCGUCACAAUAAAAUAUUGCACGAGGAUCCUUUUCUGUCGCCCA